AUGCCGGCUACGUCUUUGGCCCUCACGCCGGGCCUGGCGUCUUUUCUGAAAUCUCUUAAGACUAAUCCGAUCGAUACCUCAAUUGAAAAUCUCAUUUCAUUGCUCAAGCGCCGCCAAAUCCGCCAUUCGCGUUCAUGUGCCACGGCAACUGCUUACUUGCUGCGCAGUGUCAUCUCAGCAUGCCGCACAGCAGACCCCGCAAAGCUCAUUGAGCGGGUGCAAGGUGUGGGAAGGCGGCUGAUGGCUGCGCAACCGCGCGAGAUGGUUGUGGGCAAUAUUGUGCGCCGAGUCCUCGGUCUUAUUCGCGACGAAGCGGAGGAUGAUCGCGAAGCAGAAUUCGCCCUCAGUGAUGUGGGCUCAGAGAGUCAGCCCCAAACACCCCGCGCAUUUGACGACCCAUCAUUGCCUCUGAACAGCGAUUCGCCCUCCUUUAGACCCGAGGAUAGAUCCGCUCGCCCCCCUCUGACUUCUAUGUUCAGCCUUCUCUCCCACCCAGAACCCGAGCACUCUCUCCCGAGCACCCCGGGAUCUCUAUCUCCAGGUGGACGGCUUCCCGGCCACGGGCCUAGCAAGGACGUUCGGGCCGAGGUGUUGGAUGGUAUUGGCGAGAUCAUUGACGAGUUGGGCCAGGUCGACGAUCAGAUUGCUGCCUAUGCUUUGGAUCACAUUCACUCGAACGAGAUCAUCCUCACACACACAUCGUCCACAACGGUUCAAAAAUUCCUGCUCAAGGCCGCCGCUAAGCGCAAGUUCACUGUCAUCCACGCCGAAUCAUACCCGAAUAACCAUGAGGCUACACACGCUACCGUCAGUGGUGGUAGCAUGCACGAUGAUGACAACCUCGGCUUCGAAACUUUCCAGAAGCCACUGAUCGAGCACGGCAUCACCGUAAUCCUCAUCCCAGACUCUGCCGUCUUCGCCCUCAUGUCCCGAGUCAACAAGGUCAUCUUGGGAACACACUCCGUCCUUGCUAAUGGUGGCCUUGUCGCCGCAGCCGGUACUCGUGUCAUUGCCCGUGCCGCCAAGGUCCACCAGACCCCCAUCGUGGUAGUGAGCGGAGUGUACAAGCUCAGCCCAGUCUAUCCCUUCGACUUUGACUCCCUUAUCGAGUAUGGUGAUGCAAGCAAGGUCCUCUCCUAUGAGGAUGGUGAUCUCGUCGAUCAAAUCGAUGUUCAAAAUCCCAUCUACGAUUACGUUCCCGCGGAACUAGUCGAUCUCUAUAUCACAAAUCUCGGUGGUCAUGCCCCAUCAUACCUCUACCGUAUUGUGUCUGACCACUACCGCAAAGAAGAUAUCAGCUUCUAA